AUGCUGAAGCAACUGAAGCAUCAGAAUUUGGUAAAUUUGAUUGAAGUAUUCCGCAGGAAAAAACGUCUUCAUUUGGUUUUUGAAUAUGUUGACUAUACAGUUCUUAAUGAGCUGGAAAAAAAUCCUCAUGGAGUAACAGAAAAUCAAGUGAAAAAAAUUAUUUAUCAAACAUUGAAAGCUGUUGACUUUUGCCAUCAACAUAAGUGCAUUCAUCGGGAUGUAAAACCAGAAAAUAUUCUUAUCAAUAAACAUGGACAUGUAAAACUUUGUGAUUUUGGAUUUGCACGUGUUUUAACUGGUCCAGGUGAUGAAUAUACUGAUUACGUUGCUACACGUUGGUAUCGAGGUCCCGAAUUAUUGGUCGGUGAUACACAGUAUGGCCCUCCUGUUGAUGUCUGGGCUAUUGGAUGUGUCUUUGCAGAACUUUUAACUGGCCAGGCACUUUGGCCUGGACUUUCAGAUGUUGAUCAAUUGUAUCUCAUCAAGAAAACAUUAGGUGACUUAAUACCUCGCCACAAAGAAAUUUUCAGUAACAACAGUUUCUUCAGAGGAUCAUGCAUUCCAGAAGCAGAACAAGAGGAAACUUUAGAAGAAAAAAUUCCUAUUAUCAGUUCACAAGCACUUAGUUUUUUAAAGGGUUGUCUUGCAAUGGAUCCAGUUCAACGCUUGACAUGUGCUGAACUUUUGGAGCAUCCUUACAUGGACUACAGCCGCGAUAUCUUUGAACGGGGAGCAGAUGCAGAACAAAAACGAAAAGAGAUUGGUGAGAAACGCUUACAGAAGAAUGGAGCUCGAAAUAAAUUAGCACCAUUCCCCUUUGGCAACCUACCAUCCAUUUUGACAAUACAACCGACUUCACCAGGACCAACCAAGUCAACAUAUCAAAUAAAAGCAAAGAGCAAAUUUGACCACCUACCAAACAUUUGA